CGGAAGUGAUUGUCAAACCGGAAGUUCAAUAUCCUCAAUGUGACUUACAGUGGUUAACGCUGUUAUGUUCCAAUACUGUCUAUGAGUAGCAGUUUAGAGUCUACAAAAUGUUUCUUACCACUGCAAACUUGGCCAAGGCAAAAUCAAAGACCCUCCUGGUGCAGAUGAUGAGCGCUGCAGGGACAGGUUACUUCUUCAACACAAAGAGGAACCGUCUCAGAGACAAGCUGGUGCUGCGCAAACACGAUCCAAUUGUGAAUAAGCAUGUCCUGUUCUUUGAGAAGAGGAAGAUCAAAUCAAUUUAACAAUGCACAAAAAUAAAUGGACAACAUAAACCCACGGGGUUUAAAUGGACAGUCUCUGUUGUCAUGGAUUAUUCAAGGUGUUCGUCAGUCAACAGUUUAUUCAGUGUAUUCAGAGGAUUUCUUCUCAGAUGUGUCAGAAGAGGCCUCUACUCUCCCCACGGCACCAGUUCAGCAUGAUGCUUCAACAAAGUCUUUAUUACCACCACCGCUUUAAACAAGAACGUACAACUUGUGUAAAAGUGAGGUUUUAGUUCAGUCAACUGCUGUAAAGCUUAAAUAUUCAAACUUGGUAAAUGUAAUUGAACCAUUUGGAGUAAUUCAAUAAAUUAAGUCAAUUAUGUGCUGUAGAA